GCAAAGGCGAUUUGUAGAACGGAAUACUACAAAUUGCCGGAGUUCAACUUUUCUUAAAAUUUUAGUUUGGUUCUAGCAAUAAAUAUUUCACAAUGUAUGCUUUCUUAAAUCAGAAGUAGUUGAAUUGUUUCAUUUUAUGAAUUAAAAACUAUGAACAUUAUUUUCGUUCGAAUAAAAAGCAUCGAAAACAAUGACAAAGAAUGAAAAAGUGAUGAUAAAGUUGUUUAUCUAUCAUUUAAACGUCUGAUGUUUUCAAACGUCAUAUUUAUAUUAAUUUAUUCAAUAUACAAGAAUACUUAACAUAUAAAAAUGGCCGAUGAAACGGAAAAACACGAAGAAGAAGCGCCUCCACAACCUGCCGAAAAUGAACCGGCAGAACACCACGAUGGAGAAGAUCAAGCUUCCAUAUCUAAAAAAGGAGCGGGAUCUCCAGGGGGGAGUUCUCAAGGAACCAUUAAUCUCGAACCUAAAAUGAAUGCAAAAUCUGAUUUUGCGAUGAAAGAGGAACACGAUGAUAUGAUAGUUCCUAAUGCAAAAGAUGAUAAAGAUGAGAAAAGCGUAAGUGCCUCAGUGGCUUUUAGAUCUGAUACGGAUGAUGCAAGCAGUCGUUACUUUUUGGAAGGUGAAGAAGCGUUCGUUGUUUCUCCAGAAGAAGCAUUCGGUGUUGAGGAAAUUGAAGGUGAAUAUGAAAUGGAAGCGGAGGAAUGGUAUCAAGAGGCGUCGAAAAAAUCUAGCGUCACAAAAGUUAAAAAGAAGAGACGAAAAUCAAUCGCUCCUCCUGAUUUUGGUAUGAUGCCAGGAAGUGGAAGUGGUUUAUUAGGAGCUCUAACUCAGAUGCGUUCGUUUGAAUCUGUUAGUGAUGAGGAACGUGAACAAUCUGUCGCUGAAGAAGGCGAGGAAGAAGCUGUUCAUAAACGUAAAAAAGAUGAAGAAGAAGAAGAGGAAGAGGAAGAAAUAGUUGAUAGAGAACCUUAUUAUGAUUUAUAUAAAGCUUUACUUGCUGAAUAUCCUAUGAUUAAAAUGAAAAAUAAUUUUUUACAAAGGAAAAUGGCUGAAUAUUUUAAAAAGAGAAAGAUGGAACAUGUUCUUAGAGAGGGAGAUCACGUUGAAGAAGCCGAACAAAAAUAUUUCGCCAAGCUGGACGCUCUUUCCGAUUUAAAAAACGUCAAUGAUAUGCAAAGAAAUGCUAUAACAGCAGAACUUAACGAAAUGAGAGAAUUAAGGAAUAGCCAAUAUGCGUCAGUUCUAUCAAAUUUUGAAGGAAUGCUUAAUAGAGAAAAGGAAAUCGGAACUGGGUUAAUUUUUACAAAAACUGCAAAAGAAAUUCCAGAAAAACUUUUAGAACGCCUUAUAAAAAAUCAACGUUUAAAAAGCAAUGAAAUUACGGAUAUGCGUUUACGAUACAUAAAAUUACGUAACAGUAUUGACGAAGUAACACAAGCAAUACAAAUAAUGGAUAAAAUUGGUGAAAGCCACACAUUGAUGGAUUACGAACAAUUAAAAAUGGAAAAUCAAAAUUAUGCAGAUAAAAUCGAGGAACGUGACGAAGAAUUAGCGAAGCUUCGUGAAAAAUGUUCAGGUGCAAUACAAAUUUUGGCGCAUUUAAGGGAAAAAUCGGCUGCAAUGGAUUUGGAUAUAAUCGAAAUGGCUGACAAGUUAGACGAAGCCGUAGUCGAAAAGAACGAAUUUCGUGAACGAGUGGCCGACUUGAAACACGAAAGGGACACGUUAAGGUCGAAUAUUGUUCGAUUACAAGAAGACUCCGGUUUGUUAACUAAACGUAAAUUACUCUUGGAUAUGGAAGAUACUUUGGAUCAAAUUACAAAUAUCAAAAUGGAAGUUGAAAAAGUUGAAAAAACGUAUCAGGAAAAUGCUAAAGCUUUAAAUAUUAUAAAGCAUAAUAUUAAAGUUGAAAGGGAAGCUUAUCAGAAUAGGGCUUUUAAAUUAACUGAUGUCGUCUGUAAAAAACCAAAAGUUCAAAAAGUUUAUAAAGGAAGAAAUAAUAUUAAAAUCGGCUCGAGUUUAGAAAAGUUUGAUAUCAAUUUGUAAUAUUUGUAAAAUUGGGAUUUGAAAUAAAUUAAAUUGUUUUGAGUGAUUCUUA